GGACGUAAGACCGUGCGUAGCGACGUCCUCGAGUUUUCCCUCCUCGCUGACUCGAGGCUCAGACUUCGUGGAUGUUUACGUGGAAAACCCCUCAUAAUUUGUACACAUUUCGACUCCGAGUCUCCUAACAUUCCACGAAGAGUCGAGGAACGGAGCGAGUGAUAUAGUUGAAGGCAGAAGUCGUGUGACGUCCUGCUUGCAGGGCAACAUGUUCAACAAGUCAUUUGGGACACCGUUCAGUGGAGGGACGGGCGGCUUCGGCAACACGUCCACCUUCGGACAGCAAAACGCCGGCUUUGGGACGACCGGAGGCUUUGGAGCGGCCGGAGGCUUCGGGGCAACUGCCAACACCGGAGGACUGUUCGGUACCACACAGAAUAAACCAGGUGGUCUGUUCGGGUCCAAUACCUUCAGCCAGCCGGCAACUUCCUCCACCAGCACGGGCUUUGGUUUUGGUGCGGCGAGCGGUACGUCCACCAGUCUAUUUGGAAACACUGGAACUGGCACAACCGGCGGACUCUUCUCCCAGACCAACAAUGCCUUCGGCGCCAACAAACCCACGUCUUUUGGAAGCUUCGGGACGAGCACCAGCAGUGGCGGGGGCUUAUUUGGGGCGACCAACACCGCCUCUAACCCGUUUGGCGGGACAAACUCCCUGUUCGGGGGCUCUGGGUUCUCGCAGGCCGCACAGCAGCCGGGAACAACCGUUAAAUUCAACCCUCCAACAGGAAGUGACACGAUGGUGAAAGCCGGCGUGACCACGAGCAUCAACACCAAGCACCAGUGCAUCACAGCCAUGAAGGAGUACGAGAACAAAUCACUGGAGGAGUUGAGACUGGAGGACUACCAGGCAGGAAGGAAGGGCCCAACCAAUCCGAUGGCACCUGCCACCGGCGGCUUGUUUGGUACAGCCACAGCCACGUCCAGCGCCACCCCGGGCCUGUUUGGUGCCACAGCCCCAAACACCAGCUUCUCCUUCGGACAGAACCAGAAGACCACGUUUGGAGCAGCGCCGGCCACAGGCUUUGGAAACGCGACAGGCAGCAUGUUCGGACAGCAGAGUCAGCAACAAGCCGGCAGCUUCUUCAAGCCGUUUGGUCAGACCACCACCGCCCAGAACACCGGCUUCUCCUUCGGCAACACCAACACCAUGGGCCAGGCCAACACCAGCAGCAUGGGUCUGUUUGGAAACACGGCAGCAUCUCAGGCAGGCGGCUUGUUUGGCGCAGCGCAGACCGCCAGCACUGCCACUGGCUUUGGCACCGGCACCGGACUGUUCGGACAAACCAACCCCGGGUUUGGAACCGCUGGCACACAGCCAAGUUUAUUUGGGAAUAAGACGGCCGGGUUUGGCACCACCACCACCAGCGCUCCGUCCUUCGGCACCGGCGCUGGGCUCUUUGGAACAAACAAACCCGCACUGACACUGGGAACCGGCACCAACACCUCCACCUUUGGUUUUGGCGCGGCCGCUGCUGGAGGGAGUCUGUUUGGGAAUAAGCCGGCCACUGGAGGACUGGGAACCGGACUGGGAACCAGCUUUGGAACAGCAGUGGGCACCGGGCAAACGUCUCUGUUCGGAAACAACCAGAACAAACUGGGCACGACUCUCGGCGGCAUCGGAGCAUUCGGAACGGCCGGAUUCAACACCGGAACCAGCAGCCUGGGCUUCGGGGCUCCGCAGCAGCCCGUCGCUCUCACAGAUCCAAACGCAGCGGCUGCCCAGCAGGCAGCGCUCCAGCAGCAGCUCAGCGUUCUGGCUUAUUCACCGUAUGGUGACUCGCCACUCUUCAGAAACCCACUGUCAGACCCCAAAAAGAAAGAGGAGCGUCUGAAACCAACCAACCCCUCGGCCCAGAAGGCUCUGACCACGCCCACACACUACAGGCUGACCCCGCGACCUGCGACCAGAGUCCGCCCCAAGUCACUGUCAUCGUCCAGCUCUUCAAAGUCGCAGUUGUUUGACGGUUUGGACGACGAUGAGCCGUCACUCACCAACGGAGCCUUCGUACCGAGGAAAAGCAUCAAGAAGCUGGUGCUGAAGAACCUGAACAGCAGUCAAUACAACAGUCAGACUGAGACGGAGACAGAUGACCUGGCUUCACCAUCAGAGUAUCCACAGAAUGGCCACAGCCUUGUGCAGGAAGAGGAGGAGCUUAGGGAGCUGGCAAGCUCCAGAGGUGGCCGAGGGGACGACCACGAGGUCACCCAGUUCUAUGUAAACCCCAUCGCCAAGCCCAUCCCACAGGGCCGUACACAGAGCAGCCUGCAGGACACCAUUAGUGACCUCAACAUGCACAAAGCAGCCAGGAACGGUCUGGAGCUGAGCAGUGACGACGUGUCGGCUUCUCUGGGGGAGGAGUCUCUGCAGGAGGACAGAGAGGAGGAGCAGCAGGAGGCGCAGCAGUCUCCUCACCCUGCAGGCGUCGUCCUCAACCGUCUGGGUUAUUACACCAUCCCCUCCAUGAAGGAUCUGGCCGACAUGGUAGAUGAGAGCGGCGAGUGCGCGGUGGAGAACUUCACCGUCGGCAGGAAAGGUUACGGCUCCAUCUUCUUCCCCGGCGAGGUGAACGUCACGGGCCUCAACCUGGACGAGAUCGUCUUUUUCAGACGCAAGGAGGUCAUCGUGUACCCGGACGACAAGAACAAGCCUCCUGAGGGGGAGGGGCUGAACAGGCGCGCAGAGGUGACCUUGGACGGCGUUUGGCCGAACGACAAGACGUCGUGCACGCAGAUCAGGAGCCCGGAGCGUCUGUCCGACAUGAACUAUGAAGGCCGCCUGGAAAAAGCCUCGCGGAAACAGGGCGCGCGUUUCCUGGAGUACAGACCUGAGACGGGAUCCUGGGUGUUUGAGGUGGCCCACUUUUCCAAAUAUGGCCUCCAGGACUCUGACGAGGAUGAGGAUAUUCCGCUCAAAACCGACCCCAAGAAGCUCAAGACCAUGAUGUCACUUCCUCCCUCCAAGCUGCAGCAGCAACUCUCCCCCAGCCAGCAGCAGGUGGCACCACAGGCUCAGUCCACUGUUGCUGUGGAUGCCCCUGGGGCCGUGGUCGAGCUGGACAGCGACAUGGCCGACAUCACACAGAGCUUCCCGCCAGAGAGGCUGCUCGGAAGGAAGGAGAACGGCGGCAACCUGCCGGUGGGCGAGCUGUCAGACACGAUGAGCGAGAAACUCGGAGGUUGGAUCUCUGCCGAGCACGACGGCAUCUCGGCGUCUGGCCACAUGGCGACGGCGCUGGGCAUCAACCCACACACCCUGCAGAUCAUGAAGGCGUCUCUGUUCGUUGUGGACGAGGAGGAGAGCGACAUGUUUCAGGACCGAGGAGCAGUGAAGGUCACUGCCGACGUCUCGUCUCCUCGCCUCGUGAAGCCGGGAGCUCAGAGCCGACCCUCUGUGGGUGGUCUUCUUCAGGCUCGUUUUACCUCGGGCCUCCUCUCUCAGCUCCCAGACUCCCCCCGCCCUCCUCACCCUCCUUCUCUCUCCCGAGCGUCGCCAGUGUUUGGUGACACCCCCCGCCCUCUGCACUGGCCAGGGCCGGCCCCUUCCUUCCUGCUGCCGCCUAGGACUCCAGAGCCGUCCAUCAGGACCAUCGGCGCACGGCGUCUCGGCGGCCCCGUCCCCCUCAAGGAGUCCAUCGUCUCAGGGAAGGGAGGUUUGUUGAUGGACACCGGACUCUUCAUGGGGCGGACCUUUCGGGUCGGGUGGGGACCCGGCUGGACGCUGGCGCACUGCGGCGAGCGGCUGAGCUCACGGACUUCCAAACAGCUGGAGCGCCAAGAGCUGACCACCAGGACGGACUUCAGCUUCCUGCCGAAACCUGCCAGAAACAAACCUCUCACUCAGAGUCCGUACAAGGUGGUUCUGGAGCAGCUGGAGGGUCUGGAGCCUCCGAUGAUGAAGACGAGCGAGGAGGAGGACGAUGAGGACAGUCAGGCUGUGCUGCAGCGCCCCCUGGAGAUCUGUCUGGAGCACAGCACCAUCAGCACCGCAGACGAGUCCGCCUGUCCGCUGGUGCGACCGCAGCCUGGUGUGGCGGCGCUGCACGAGUACGCCAAGUGGAUCACGGAGCUGAACGAGCAGCAGGGGGAGGCAGACGCUCUGCUGGGUCACUGGGCCGAGGUCUGGACUCUGUGUGAGGCGCUGUGGGGUCAGGUCGGUCCCGAUCAGGAGGCCGACCUCGAGACGCCCAGCGACUACAAGCAGCAGCUGGAAAGGCGGCAGACCUUCUCAGCGUGGCUGUCGCGCGGCGCCACCUGCAGGGUUGAGGAGGAAGUGUCUGUGACGGGCAAGGGCGGCCAUACGGAGGCGAUCUUCAGCUACCUGACUGGAAACCGCAUCAGCGAGGCAUGUCGGCUCGCACAGAAAGAAGGUGACCACCGUCUGUCCCUGCUGCUGUCUCAAGCCAUGGGCUCCCAGUAUUGCCGUGAGCUGCUGGCGCUGCAGCUCGCCGACUGGAAUCGCAUGCAGACGGACUGCUACCUGCCCGAGGAGCGACUGCGCAUCUUCACGCUGCUCGCGGGAAAACCGGUGUGGCAGUCGUCAGACGACUCUGUGGUGAACGUUUGCUCUCAGCUGGACUGGAAACGCUGCGUCGCCGUUCACCUGUGGUACAUGCUGCCUCCCACCGCCUCCGUGGCCGACGCCCUCGUCAAAUAUGAAGCUGCGUUCCAGGGCUCUGGUGAGGGAGGGAGGUACGCGUAUGCCCCGCUACCUCCCUACCUGGAGGCGGAGACAGAGGAGAUGGAGGAAGAGGAGGCAGAGUCCAGACAGCCACUGUACGACGUGUGCUUCCACCUGCUCAAACUCUACAGUGACAGACACUACAGCCUGCAGCAGCUGCUCGAUCCUCUCGCCGUUACCUGGGAGCGGCUGGACUAUCGCCUGAGCUGGCACCUGUGGAGCGUCCUGCAGGCGCUGCACUACACUCACCUGAGCGCCUCGCGGCAGGGACUGCUCCACGCCAGCUACGCUGCUCAGCUGGAGAGCACUGGACUGUGGCACAUGGCCAUCUUCAUCCUGCUGCACAUCCCCGACCACACUCAGCGGGAGCGAGCAGUGCGGGACAUGUUGACCCUCCACUGCCCCCUGCAGGAGACGGACGAAUCUGCGCAGAGGGAGCGCUUCCUGACCGAGAGGCUGCUGGUCCCAGAGCAGUGGAUCCACGAGGCCAAGGCCACCAGAGCCCGCCGCGACGGGGACAGACACCAGGAGGCACUGCACCUGUACCGUGCUGGAUUCUGGAACCAGUGUCACCGGCUGCUGAUCCAACACCUGGCCUCAGAUUGCAUCAUCAACGACAAUCACGACUACCUGCUGGAGUUUGUGGAGGGACUGUCGGUCCCUGAACACAGCGCCACCAUCCAGGACUGGGACACUGCAGGAAGAGUUUACCUGGAUUAUAUCAGAGUCAUCAAGACACUGCAGGACAUACAACAGAUGGUAAACUCUGGUUAUGAAGUAGAGCGUCUCUACACAGACGUGACGUCUCUGUGUGGCAGAAUUGAACUCCUGCCCUGCAGCACCGCCAGAGACCGCCUCGCCCAAUCAGAAAUGGCGAAGCGUGUUGCUAACAUCCUGCGUGUGGUCCUGAGUCUCCAGCACGGUGACAGCACGGCGUCCGACUCUACCGCAGUGCCGCUCAACCAACUGGCGCCGCAUGUCACCCGCCUGCCGAUGCCUGAGGAUUACACGCUGGAGGAGCUGAGAGGACUCACGCAGUCGUACCUGAGGCAGCUCGUCGUCGGCCAAUGAGAGCACAGGAUGCUGGCGAGAGAGAGACGUUUUGCUGCAGAGACGCAGCAGAAAGAUAGAGGCAGGGCCGUUUCUGCGAAAUGACUACGAAGCUGCAACGUUUUCAGGGAAGAAUUUCAAAACGUAAAUGAUGCAAAGAGGCCAACAAACGUCGACUGUCUUUGUCGUUGACCAUAUUUUUUUGUGUGUUUACGUCAUGAACGGUCAACUCCCUGGUUUGACCUCUGACCCCAAAUAAAGUGCGGCGUCCUAUUUGACCUCUGACCUCAGAGAUGGGAGUUUGUGAAUAUUAAUGACGACUCGGAAGUGAAAACGUGUAAAAUGUGCGAGGAUCUAUUUUUGUAGAUUUUUCUGUUUGAAUGUAAAGUGUGACGUCACCAGAUUAACAACAACCCAGGUUUUUCUUUGUUUUUCACAGCACUUGAUUUUCUUCAUAAGUGAGCAGCCGACAACGAUGGCUAGUUUUUAUUCUCCACAUUUGAUUCUUAAUAAAACCUUCACUGAUUCACCGGAACACUCAUUCAUGGAUCAAUAGUCA